UAAUCAAUCAUCCCUCCCAAAAAAGAAAAAAAGAAAAAAAGGACAGUUCCCCCAUUUCUUCCUCUUAACUUCCCGAACCCAAUCCCCCCCAGCCUUCUUGACUCUCUCUUCGAUCUCCUCUCGACAAGAUCAGAUCCCGCAAAAUCCAUAUACAAUUCCGAUUCUCUUGUCGUCUCCGACAUCCUCACAAAUAGCUUGAUUGAAGGAGGCUGCUCCGAGAUGAGCACGGGGGAGCUGCUCGAUAUCGAGCCUGUGGAGCUCAAAUUCCCAUUUGAGCUGCGGAAGCAGAUCUCUUGCUCGCUUCAGUUGUCCAAUAAGACCGACGACUAUGUAGCUUUCAAGGUGAAAACAACCAACCCAAAGAAGUACUGUGUUCGUCCAAACACGGGAGUCGUCCGGCCACGGUCAACUUGUGAUGUCAUUGUUACUAUGCAAGCACAAAAAGAAGCUCCUCUCGACAUGCAAUGCAAGGACAAGUUUCUCCUCCAGAGUGUGAAAGCAAUCAAUGGCGUAACUGCGAAGGACAUAACUGCAGAAAUGUUCAGUAAGGAGGCUGGAAAUGCAGUCGAGGAGUGCAAAUUGCGAGUUGUCUAUGUCUCGCCACCACGACCCCCUUCCCCUGUUCGGGAAGGGUCAGAAGAAGGGUCUUCUCCGAGGGCUUCUGUGUCAGAAAAUGGCAGCGCAAAUGGUUCUGAGGUACAACGAUCGCUUCUUGAGUCUCAAGAAGAAUCUUCAGAGACGAGAGCCCUAAUAGUAAAAUUGAUGGAGGAGAAAAACGAUGCGAUUCAACAAACUAACAAGCUUCGUCAGGAGCUGGAGUUGCUGAGGCGUGGGGUAAACCAGAAAGGAGGUGGUAUCUCGCUUAUGUUUGUGGUUCUGGUUGGCUUCCUUGGCAUACUCUUGGGGUUCCUCAUGAAGAGGGCAUGACCCACAGAGACAGAUGUUGUUAACGAGUCGAGCUUCUUUCUUAUGUCUGCAUUCCUCAGACGAUGAAAAAGGUCAAUCCAAAUGUGCACAUCAUUAGACUUGCUAUGUAAAUGCUUGAAUAUCGGAUGGUGAUGAAUCUUUCGUUGAGAUGCUCGUCUUGUCGUAAACUUUGAGGAAUAUCCAUUGCCUUUUUAAGAGGUUUUAGAUCAAUUGUGGCUUUGGAGACUUUUGGGAUUUGCAUUUAUGACCUAUUAGUUAGUGACGAUUCUUCGAGCUUGCCCGUGUCCGAAGCUGGUGGCAUUCUUUCGACCGGGCAUGAAGGGCACACGAGAUGACGUGAGAGUAUGUGGUAUCGAAUCAUUUUUCCUGAUUAAGGCUUGUUUUGUAUGGUGGAGCUAUCAGAUUCUCUUUGGGCUGAGUGGACUUUAUUUAUAUGGCA